CACUUUUGUGUCCAUUAUUGCGUUCAAAAUACCAAUCAGGGUCAUCCUGGCAUCGCGGCCAGGUACCUUCAGGGGCGCAACCCAUUUCUCACAAUCAACAAGAUCAUUCCACAUGGUACGAGCUACAAGAAGCUCCGCCGCAAAAGGCAGAGCUGCGCAGGUACUGCCAGUCAUUGGUAAAGAUUCGGCACAACUUUCCAGUCCACCCACGACACCAGAAGCACCCAAUCCCCGAAAGAGGAAAGCUAUCAAGGCGGAAGUCUCGCUAGAAACCAAGACCAAGGAUGCGCCUGUUGCACCCAAGAGCACCAAACGCGCCAAGAAAUCCGUGGUAAAAAAAGAGGAUAUCAACGAACUUCCACAUAACCUUGGUGCUAUUCCAGAUCUUCCCGUCAAGCAAGAAGAAGAUGAUGAUGAUGACAUCAAAAAAGACUCAGCAAAGAAGAUCAAAAAAGCAACUAAGAAAGCGAAUGUGAAGAAAGAGGACGUUGGCAACAUUGUUGACAAAGCAACCACCACAAGUCCAAACAAGAAGAGCAAGGGCAAGACUGGUGGUUAUGGCCUUACGCCAGGCCAAACACCAUAUCCGAACUACCCACAUCCAACUGCAGAAGAAUGUGAAGAAGUCACACGUCUCUUGUCGAAAGUGCACGGCAAGGUAGAAGCUCCGAAGACCAUUCCCGCUCCGUCGCUCGAUGUCUCAGGGUGUGGAGAAGUACCCUCUGUCCUCGACGCUCUUAUCCGAACACGUCUUUCUGCUGCAACGUCUGGAACAAACUCGUCUCGCGCUUUUGCAGGCCUUGUCACCAAAUUUGGAAUUUUGAAAGAAGGCGUUGGCAAAGGCAGUGUAGACUGGAACAAAGUGCGCCAAGCAGACCAGAAAGAGAUAUUUGAAGCAAUCAAGAGUGGUGGACUAGCCGAUGUGAAAAGCAAGGAUAUCAAGAGGAUUCUGGAAAUGGUCUGGGAAGAAAAUCAAACGCGACGAAAAGAGCUUCAAUCUUCGUCUAACAAAGCGCCAGGUUCCGCCAAUGAGGCGGAAGAGGAGAAGAGUGCAGAGAUCGAAAAAGCAAGCCAGGACGUCAUAUCUCUGGACCAUCUGCAUCUACUCUCGAAUGACGACGCCUUCAAUGCCCUUACCAAAUACCCUGGUAUUGGACCAAAGACAGCAUCCUGUGUGCUUCUCUUCUGCCUUCAACGACCUUCAUUCGCAGUUGAUACGCACGUCUUCCGGCUCUGUCAGUGGCUAGGUUGGGUACCCCCGCCAGGCGAUUCCAGGGGGCUUGCUCCAGGCGCAAAAGGCACUUUUGCUGGUCCAACACGCAAUUCGACAUACGCUCAUUGCGAAGUCAGAGUACCAGACCAUCUGAAGUACCCAUUACACCAGUUACUUAUAAAGCAUGGAAAAACAUGUCCAAGAUGUCGAGCAAUCACGGGUGAGAGUAGCGAAGGGUGGAACAAGGGUUGCCCAAUCGAACAUCUAGUCCAGAGGACAGGUGGCCGCAAAAAUGCCGGCACAAGCCCAAAGGGAGGAAGCGCGAAGAAUUCAAAGAGAAGAAAGAGGGUUACUGAGGAAUAUGAGAGUGAUGCUCAAAGCAGUGGUGUGAGCGACGCUGAGAGUGCUGAACUAAGUGACAUGGUAAGCGAUGCAGAAGUAGAGCAAUCUGAAGAAGAGCAGUCAGAAGGCGAAUACUGAUGUUCAUAUGUACAUUGAAUUUUGAAAGCGAGCAUCUACUUUAUAUAUACAGAUUUUCCAUGUAGUGUCUUCCCUCGCGUGUGUCGAUUCAGUCCAAGUCGACAAGUUAUGUUGUGCAAUAGCUGAGUAUGUCUUGUUGCCCCUGUUCAAUCGAAGAACUGUUGCCUUAGGUGAACUGGCUGAAGAAGGCCCAGACUUCUUUAGGUGUGAAGCUCUGAGCUCCAACAUCGUUUCCUGCAUCUCCUGGAAGCGCGACGUGGUCUCCAUCGAAGGAAGUCCAUUGGGUUGGGUAUUUGCAUCCAUCGUAUACGGUCUUGACGCGCUGGCGGCUGUUGGGCGAUGGGUCGGGUGCGUUCUUGG